AUGCUGCGUACCAAAUAUUACAACAUGAAAAAUGAAUUCAAGAAAAAGGUAGCAGCCGAAAAAGGAAAUUGCAUCGCGACAGGAGGAGGGCCGCCAUUGAAAAUUAUCACCAGUGAUAUUGAUGUCAUGUUAACAUCAAUAAUAGGCUCGGAGCAGUUAGAAGGAAUGGAAUCUGUAUACGAUUCCGAUAAUCCUUUUGUGCGAAACAAAACGGAGGAUGUUAUCGUUAGCAUUGAUAAGGCAGCAAAUAACAUCAGUGCUAAGCAAUCUCAGGAUGGGAGCGAGGAAUUUGAAGACAUCAAGAACACAUCCAACACAGCUACUACUUCGAAAAAUUAG